UGUAACAAGUUUUUGGAUGUGUCACUAAAUGUCAGGUGUUUCAGUUGUGCCACAAGAGACUGUGAGAGAAGCCUUCAAACUAGCAUUUUCAAAAUGGUCACAGGUUUCACCCUUCACAUUCAAGGAGACUCGAGGAUACUCCGACAUCGCGAUCGGUUUCUACAGUGGCGAGCACGGCGAUGGCGUGACCUUCAACAACACCAUUGUUGCCCACGCUUAUCCGCCAAUUGAUGGAAGGCUCCAUGUUAAUGCAGAUAAAGGUUGGAGCAUUAAGGAUCCAAUACAAGAAGAUAAGAAUAUUCAUAGAGGUGACACGUAUGAUUUGGUUUGGGUUGCAAUGCAUGAAAUAGGGCACAUUCUUGGACUUGACCACAGUAACGAUGAAGAUGCUAUCAUGUAUCCGUUUAUUGCUCCUCUUAAAAACAAGAGAGCGUUUGUUGUUGAUGAUGUUACUGGAAUUCAGGAAUUGUACUCAUUGGGAGUUCAACGGGAUUUUCAUUAUCCAAGUGCUAUGGGAUUUAGAUUGCAAAGUUAUCAUCUCUUGAUUGUUGCUAUUUUUUGCUUAUGGGUUAUGUAUAUAUUUUUGUCUGUGAUGCUUUCGGUGUUCUUAGAUUAAUUCUAAUUAGUAUGCUAGUUAAUUGGGUUUAGUGUAGAGACUAAGUUUUAACUUGGCUUUGUAGGAAGAUGAAUGUCUUGUAGAAUUAAGUAGAGAAUUGAUAUCUUGUAA